UUUCCUCUUCAAUAAAACAUUUAGUUGCUCAAAGGUAAGGGUCCUAUAGAAUUUAGGCCCAAUAUGCAUAACGGCAGUGUUUGAUAAUUUACCUUCCUGGGCGUCCUCUCAAGGGAAUAGGGGCAGAGUCAUUUACAUUAGGGGUUGGGAGUGCAGUGGCGAAACCAUCUUUGUGAUUUUGAAUUCUAUGAGGCUUUGAUGGGAUUUAGUAGCAGACAUUGAACCAAGGAAAUCUCAAGUACUCUCCUUAAUUAUGUCUUAUUAAUGUCAAAUAUUAAGCAAGGGUCCUGGUAACCCUGGCAGUCUGGAGGCUCCAGGACAAAAGUCGAGUCUUUAGUGGUGUUGGCCUCAGGGCGAUCCCCUGUGAAAUUCUGGGUUUCUAUUUUCAGGUCGGUACGCUUUGUUCUUCAAUCCAGCAUUCCGGAAAAGGCACACCCAUAACCCCGCCAGCAAUUGUUUCCUUUCCACUAUUUCUGAGUGGGGUGGUAACUGUCUCUUUAGGGACGCGAUGGUGAACUAGCCAUUUCCCGCAAGCCGCCGCAGUGCUUCCGGGUAGGUAUGUAGCCAGAAAACAGACCCAUGGGGGCGCAGGCGGAGCCAGAGCUGCCUGCGGACCCGGAUGGGUUAAACCCCGGCCGGGGCUACGCUCCGUUUCCGCCAGGCCUGUACCGCUCCGGCACCGAGGGCCCACCUCGCAGCUCGCCGAUUGUCCCCGCCCGGCCCCGUUACGUCACGGCCCACGCCACGCCCACCUGGGACUACACUUGGCACUUUCUGAGUCUGCGUAUUGUUGCGUCUAAUAACCGCACUCAAAAAGAUGCCUGUGAUGAUCCACCGAGAUUCCAAUCUAUGAAGCUCAAGGGUGCUUCUCAAGCCACUUAUAAUCCUGGGGACAAAAUAGAAUAUGAGUGCCGCCCAGGAUACAUGCGUAUUGUUCCUCUUCUUACCACCACUGCUGUUUGUCAGGCUGAUAACACGUGGGCACCUCUCCAGGAGGCUUGUACAAGAAAACCAUGUCCACAGCUAGGAGACCCCCUAAAUGGCCGCGUAAAUGGAACUUUCCUGUUUGGUUCACAGGCUCACUUUGUUUGUAAUGAGGGUUUUUACAUACUUGGAUCACAAAUCCUACAUUGUGAUCUUGCUGGAGAUAAUGUGGCUUGGGAUGAUGAGCCCCCACGUUGUGAAAAGAUUUUGUGUAAACCACCUGGACAAAUACCAAAUGGAAAAUACACCAAUAGCCACAAGGAUACUUUUGAAUAUAAUGAAGUAGUAAUUUAUAGUUGUAAUCCUUCCAGUGGACCAGAUGAAUAUUCACUUGUUGGAGAGAGCAAGCUGAUUUGCUCUGGGUUUGAUACAUGGAGUAGUGACCUUCCUGAGUGUAAAGUGGUCAGAUGUCCGUAUCCAGCACUCCGAAAUGGAAAAUUGGUAUCAGGAUUUGGGAAAAAAUUUUACUACAGAGCGACGGUUGUAUUUGAAUGCAACCCGGGUUAUUACCUUCAAGGCAACGACACAAUCGUCUGUGGAGCUGACAAUAUGUGGGAGCCUAAGAUGCCAGAAUGUAUUAAAGUGUCGACUCCUCCCAGUACUAAACCUCCGACUUCUAGUCAUUCAGUGUCGACUCCUCCCAGUACUAAACCUCCGACUUCGAGUCAUUCAGUGUCGACUCCUCCCAGUACUAAACCUCCGACUUCGAGUCAUUCAGUGUCGACUCCUCCCAGUACAAAACCUCCAAUUUCCACUGUCUCAGUACAUCCUACUCCCAGUGAUGAAUCACCACCUAAAGCCAUCGAUGAUUUAGAUGGAAGACUCAUUGCUGUGAUUGUUCUUACUGUACUUGUUGGCAUUGCAGUAGUUGGCACCUGUGUGUACAAAUUUCUUCACAUCAGGAAAAAAGGGGAAAGAGAGGUUAAUGCUUCAUACAGCACUUAUCAGAAUAAAUCAACCACUGCAGAGCAGACUCACUAAAUGGUUUCCACAAAUGAGUGUAACACAUUGUCUUUUGGUUCUGGUAAAAUGUCAAGAUUUACAUUAAAUUUGUAUAGCUACUAUGAAAACAGUGUGGAGUUUCCUCAAAAAAUUAAAAAUAGAUCCAUAUGAUCCAGCAAUCCCACUUCUGGUUAUAUAUCCGAAGGAAAUGAAAUCACUCUGUGGAAGAGAUAUCUGUACCUCCCUGGUUAUUGCAGCAUUAUUUACAAUAACGAAGACAUGGAAACAACCUAAGUGUCUAUUGAUGGAUCAGUGGAUAAAGAAAAUGUGGAAUACAUAGAUAGUGGAAUACUCCAGCCAUAAAUAAGAAGUCCUGACAUUUGUGACAACGUGGAUGGACCUUGAAGGCAUUUUGCUAAGUGAACUAAAUCAUAGAGAGAAAGACAAAUAGUGUGUGGUCUCACUUAUGUGUGGAAUCUAUAAAAAAACCUAAUGAAAAAUGAGAUUUGUGGUUGCUGGGGGUGGGGAUGGCGGGGUGAGGGAAUUGAGUGAAGGUGGUAAAAAGAUAUAAGCUUCUAGUUCUAAGCACGUAUUGGGAUGUAAUGUACAGCACGGUGACUGUAAUUAGUAAUACUCUAUUGCAUAUUGGCAAGUUCCUAAGAGAUCUUAAAAAUUCUGAUCACAAGGAAGAAAAAACAUUUUGUAAUUGUGAGGCCAUGGAUGUUAACUAAACUUAUGGUAAUCAUUUCAUAAUAUACACAUUAUCAAAUCAUGCUGUAUACCUUAAAUGUAUAUAUUAUGUAUAUUGUAAAAAGCCUGUACAGAUAUGUGUAUACUACUUCAGCCCUUAAAAAUAAGCUCACUGAAAAUUGGGAAUUUGGACAAGUUUGACUUCCUUAACUAAGAGUAUUCUUGGAAGUACUCUUAAGUAAAUAUAGGCUAGAAUUCUAUUUUUAAAAAAUUAUUUGUAACUUAUUGAUUUGAAAAAGACAUAAAAUUAAUUUAUGGAAUUUGUUCUUCACCCUUUUUUUAAUACCAAUAAGCCAGUCUGAGAAGUCGGUGAGAACUGGGAAUCAGUUGCAUGCUUACUUCUGUAACACUUAGACGGCUCUCACCCCCGGAACAAGGAUGCCAGCUUGGUACAAAGUGAGCGCUGUGGCCUUGUCGUUUGCUUAAGGAGAAUUCCACUCUUCAAGAGACAGAGAAUCACUCUGAACUAGGAAGGGAUGAAAAAGGGCCUAGCUCAGAUAUCACUUUGUGCUCAGGUGGAAUAGAUCCCUCCCUCUUCUGAGUCCUCAUGCCAGGCAGAGUCACUUUCAAAUGAGCCAGCGGGCAAAGAGGAGGGACUGCCACUCUAAUGCAAAUCACAUUUUUACAAGUUUUCUUUUAUACUUUUAUAUUAGCAGCUCAUGGGCCAAAGAAGCAUUGCCUUGAGAAGGACAUGGUUGGGGAAGCAGAGUGGACCAGAGUAAAUACUGUUUUACUCUAUAAAGACAUGUUUAUAAUGCACCAUAAGUGUUCCUUCCCUUUGUAAUCUCUAGUGAGGGACUUUAGGAAGUUAUGUUUGAGCAGAAAUAAACUGUAAUUCUGAAUUAACUAUAGAGUUGAAGUUAUGCACUUAUUUUCAUGAAUUAGUAUUUGCUUAAAAGUGAGUAUGCUACACUAUUUAUUUUUUUAAGCCUAUUUGAAGUAUUUUUCAACGGAAGAUUGUUAUCCUUACCAAUGUAAAUUGACUUUUAUAGUAGGUUCAGCUUCAAUUUUAGUUUUCUUAUUUGAAUAUAUUUAUAUGUGAGAUUGGUAUAUAUGAGGUCUGACAAGUUCACAAACUCAUCCUAGAAAAAGUGCUGCA